AUGUUGACUGCAAAAGCACAAGAGUAUAAGCCCCUCUCAAACGCGAAGGAAGACUUAGACGGAGAAGAGGAGCCUCAACCUCAUCUCAGAAAACCACUAAACAGACAACUUACAGUCGCACACAUCAUAUUCUUCGUCUUCUCUUUUAUCACGGCAUUCAUAACCGGAGUAUUAUUCACCAUAUACAUCUCCAAUGCAACAACGACGCACAGCUAUGAAUCCGGGACUCCAGAAAACAUAUCUAUAGCACCUCACCUGCCCCUCCGCCAAAUAGCAGGUGAAUUCACGUAUCAAUCCCCCUUCUCAAAGGAACCACCGCUUGAAGGGAACGUCUCGGAGCCGACAUGGGAUACUUUAAUACCCAACGGCCUGGGCUACUUCAUCCCCUCAACCGCAGAUACCUCGAGGUCAAAGUCCUCUUCUGUGGUAAUUCCUUCCGCCUUCCACCAACUCCACUGCCUCUACCUCCUCCGGCGAGCCUAUUACACCACCACACCCGAGCUACAACGCUUCGACUUCGGCCGGAACCGCUCUGUCCAUGUAGCGCACUGCUUUGAUUACCUUGCCCAGGCUAUUACCUGUUCAGCGGAUAGUACGCUUGAGCCGGCAGUGGAUAAGGAGCAUGGGUUUUUGGGGGGCGGGUUUGCGAGACGGUGUUGGGAUUUUGAGUACUUGAAGAGUGUUGUGGAGAGCAGGAGGGCGUUCAAUGCGAGUGGGUUUUUGGCUUGGGGUGCUGGGACGGAGGGAAAGGUUGAGUUGGGGUGA